CUGAAAAGGACGCGCAGCGGGCGGAGCCGAGCUCGGCGACGGAAUCACGCCUCGCGAGGCUGAGAUCCGGAAGUCGGAACCUAGCCGUACAAGCGCAUGUCCUCCGUCCUGGUAGUUGUUCUACCCUCUCCUCUGUGAUCCCCGCCGGAAGUGUAGGAAAAAAGUGGACAUAUUUGGAAUUACCCAUUUUCAAGCUGGACUGAUACAUCAUGAUGAAGCACAGACACAAAAAUAAAAAGCCAGGUAAAGGUUCCAAAGGCUGUAAGAAGCCUAUAAAGCAAAAUGGAAAGAAAGCAACUUCAAAAGUGCCCUCCGCUCCCCAGUUUGUUCAUUGCAAUGAUCAUGCCAGCCGGGAGGCAGAAUUAAAGAAGAAGAGGGUUGAGGAGAUGAGGGAGAAGCAGCAGGCUGCCCGGGAGCAAGAGAGACACAGACGCAGGACCAUUGAGAGCUACUGUCAGGAUGUCCUGAGACGCCAGGAGGAGUUUGAACGCAAGGAGGAGGUUUUGCAGGAAUUAAAUAUGUUUCCUCAGCUGGAUGAUGAGGCUACAAGGAAGGCUUAUUACAAGGAGUUCCGUAAGGUAGUACAAUACUCUGAUGUGAUUCUGGAAGUCCUGGAUGCCAGAGACCCAUUGGGGUGUCGGUGUUUCCAAAUGGAGGAGGCUGUUUUGCGGGCAGAGGGCAACAAGAAGCUGGUCCUGGUCUUGAACAAGAUUGACUUGGUUCCUAAGGAGAUUGUGGAGAAGUGGUUGGAUUACCUUCGUAAUGAGCUGCCAACUGUGGCUUUUAAGGCCAGCACCCAACAUCAGGUCAAAAACCUGAAUCGGUGUAAUGUGCCAGUGGAUCAAGCCCCUGAAUCGCUGCUAAAAAGCAAAGCUUGCUUUGGAGCUGAAAAUCUCAUGAGGGUUCUGGGAAACUAUUGCCGCCUGGGUGAAGUACGCACCCACAUCCGUGUGGGUGUCGUGGGCCUUCCCAAUGUUGGGAAGAGCAGCCUGAUCAAUAGCCUGAAGCGCAGCCGUGCAUGCAGUGUGGGAGCCGUUCCUGGGGUUACCAAAUUCAUGCAGGAGGUCUACCUAGACAAGUUCAUCAGGCUGCUGGAUGCUCCAGGCAUUGUCCCAGGACCCAACUCCGAGGUGGGCACUAUUUUGCGUAACUGCAUCCAUGUGCAGAAGCUGGCAGAUCCUGUGACCCCAGUGGAGACCAUUUUACAGCGCUGCAACCUGGAAGAGAUUUCCAACUACUAUGGAGUUUCUGGGUUCCAGACCACUGAGCACUUUCUGACUGCAGUGGCCCACCGCUUGGGAAAGAAGAAGAAGGGAGGCUUAUACAGUCAGGAGCAGGCUGCUAAAGCUGUCCUAGCUGACUGGGUGAGUGGAAAGAUCAGCUUCUAUACACCACCACCACCCACCCACACUCUACCAGCCCACUUGAGUGCUGAGAUUGUUAAGGAAAUGACUGAGGUCUUUGACAUUGAAGAUACUGAGCAGGCCAAUGAAGACACCAUGGAAUGCUUGGCCACCGGAGAAUCAGAUGAGCUGUUGGGCGACACAGACCCGCUCGAAAUGGAGAUUAAGUGGCUUCAUUCUCCGAUGGUGAAAAUAGCAGAUGCCAUUGAAAAUAAAACCACCGUAUAUAAGAUUGGAGACCUCACUGGGUAUUGCACCAAUCCAAACCGUCAUCAGAUGGGGUGGGCUAAACGCAAUGUGGACUACCCCCUUCCCAAGAACAACAGUGUGGUGGAUGUUAGCCCAGUGGACCGCCGUCCGAUGCUGCAGAGGAUCAUGGAGACAGAUCCCUUGCAACAGGGUCAGGCUUUGGCAUCAGCCUUGAAAAAUAAGAAGAAGAUGCAGAAGCGUACAGAUAAAAUCGCCAGCAAGCUGUCUGAUUCCAUGAUGUCUGUUCUCGACCUCUCGGGCAACGGUGAUGACAGUGCUGGUGACUGAUCAGUUGAUCCCACUCCCCUCCCCCUCCAAGCACUGGUUCCUAUAGGAUGGGGGAGUACAAAUGGAGUUUGGUUCUCUCAGAAGUACCUAUAUAUAUAAAAAAACUUCCCAUGCUGUGUGUCCCCUCCCCAUACUGUUCCCUCCAUUCUCUCUAGAGAGGUUGGAGUUGCCAAAUCCAGUGAACUUUACUUAAUCCCUGCUGUGUUUUAUAAGAGAAAAUAUCAGCAGAGCCCAGGUGCUAACAAUUUAUCCCUCACUCUUAAUCCUAGGAUCCCACCCCGUAGGUUGAGCUGAUAUUAAGGAUGACCUCCCACAAGCCCUCUUAGACCGCUGAAUGUACAAAUAAAGGCUAGACUGUUAGUAGACCUAGAGCCCCUGCAGGGAAGAUGAUUUGUUUACCAUUCAAUGAGAGGUAUCACCACCAAGGUAUCCCUAUAAUGGGCUCUGGCCAUGCAUCUUUCUUCCAAGUUCAUAGGUCCUCACUUGGGUGGCAGUGGGGACAGGGGAAUAGUGAUGAGCCUUUUUAUAUCUGUGCAAGGGUCUGGAGAUAGGAUAAAGGGAAGAAGAAAACAAAUAAGCCUGGCUGGUGUUAAAGUGUGUUAGAGACUAUAUUGUAGGAGGAGAAAACAAGGUACCUGUUGGUAGGGCAGCUGGGUGCUUUAGGGACAAGUCCCAUCUUGGCAUAUGUGAGAAUUGGAGAAAUUCCAUUAACUGAAGUGCUCUGGCUGAUCCCUGCCCUUGUGUGACCUUAUCCAGCAUCAGCAUUUGAAUUCCAUAAUUCUGGAGAGUUCUGAUACCAGUUAUUCAGAGUGUGUCCUUGAGAGAGUUGCUGUAUUUGGGACUGCACCAGCUAUCUUCUUUCCCAGUGGCUGGAACCUACCCAUUAAAAUAUAAUUAACUAUCACCUCUUGGAGGGCCUACCCUACUCAGACAAGGGCAUCAGGCCCAAGCACUACUAGGGGCCUGGCUUAGUCAGCUUGCUGUCACUAUUGUAAAAUACUUGAUAUCAGUUUAUAAGGAGAAAAGGCUUAUUUUGACUUAAAGUUUUAAAAGUUCCAGUCCAUGAUUGAUUGGCUCUAUUGCUUUGGCUUUCUGGUGAGAUAGCAUAGAUAAGCUGGUACAUGUGGUGACCAAAACCUUCCAUCUUAUGGCCAGGAAGCAAAAAAAGGAAAAAAAAAAGUGGGAGUGCCUGAAGUCCCACAAUCCCUUUCAAUAUCCCAAUGAUUUAAGGAUCUCCCACCAGGCCCCACCUCCUAAAAGUUUUACUUUACUCUGAGAUCAAGUCUUUUAACAUAUGGGCCUUUGGGAUACAUUUAGGAUCCAAGUUAUAACAAGCUCUUGUAAAGGGACUGGGAUAGAAGAUUACAACUGAAACAAUCUCAUUUUACUAGGAAUUUUUGUUUCUUGUACAAAAUUUCAGUUCCUAGCCAUUUAUCCAGAGUUGAUAUAUUUGUAAGGAGUGGGCAUUACAUUACUUCAGUCUUUGCUACCUACACUAAACUUCCAUACCAUCCUUUGACCAUGAAUAUAUACCCUUUAGUCUUGCUCUUGCCUCUGCCUCUCAGGCUGGCACCCAAAGUUUACCUAACCAGAUCCUAAGAAUGGAAUCAGGUGACACAGGAGAAAGCUUCUGACUAUAGGCUCUUCUGUCUGGAAAGUGUGGACUUCUACUGUAUUCAGGCACAGCCAAAGGAAGGAGUUAGUUACUAAUUGUGCACAAACUGCAACAAGCUCUGGAAAUCUGUUAAACCUCCUUAAUUCUCAGUAUGGCUAUACUGGUAUGGGAUUAAUAUCAUAAGAAAAAUAAAUAGGCUCAGAAAGUUGACAGGUUAUGCCCAAGACAACAUUAACUGGUAGCACCAAGUGUGAUUAAAACCCUAUGCAGGCCCUUUCCUCUGCAUUAUACUGCCUUCUUAACAAAAGUACAUUAAUUAAGCACCUACUGUGUGCCAGUCUCUGUUAUCAAGUCCUUAAAAUGCGUUUUCUUCUUUUUUUUGCUUUAAAAAUCCUGGUAUUGUCUAGCUAAAAUUUUGUUCUCAUAGUCUCCUUGAAUGAGGUCCAGUUUAAUUCACAUCAUAUUAUAAGGCUCUCCUGAUAGGUGUUAAAAUGAAAAAUUGUGUACUGAGACUGCCAAAGCCAUUUUACAACCAUAUAGAAUUUUAUUUAUACACACACACACAUACACACAUACAAAUGCAUAUACAUGCACCCUUUUUUGCAGUACUGGGGAUUUAACCCAGGACCUCAGGCAAACUAGGCAAGCACUGAACUACAUCCUCAUCCCUUUUUAUUUUUUUAUUUGAGACAGAGUUUUGAAAGUUGCCCAGGCUGGCCUCAAGCUUGCAAUACCCCCCCUCAGCAUCCCGAGUAGCUGUGAUUACAGGCAUGUGCCACCACAUCCAGUUGGAAUUUCAUAAUUUAAUAUUUAAAAUAGUUUUUUUUUAAUUCCUGAAUGGUUCUGGUAAACAAGGAUGAAAAAUAGAAAUAUCUGGGUGAUUGAGAAACAUGGGAACAUAAUUUGGCCAAAAUCAAAUAGAAGAACUAAAAUAGUCAUGUUGGGAUAAGAAUUUUAGAUUCUAGAUAUUCCACCUGUAGCAUAUCUUAAGUUUUUUAAAAACUCCUGAGUAUCUGGGAUUACAGAUGUGCACCACUGUUUCUGACUUAAAGCUAGUUAUUGAAUCUUUUUCCUCUUCUUUUUUAAAAAAUUAAGAUAAUUUGUAUAAAGUUUACCCUUUCUAGUUUAAGUUCUGUGGACUUGGACACAUUAAUAUAUGAGUGAACCACCAUCACAGUCCAGAUACAGAAUAUUUGUUUUCACCCCAAAACUCCGCAGUCCUUGUUGUUGUCAACUCUUUUCCCUUAUCUUCAGUUCCUGGCAACCACUGAUCUGUUUUCUGUCCCUGUGUUUUUGCUUUAGCAUGAAUGCCAUAUAAAUAGAAUCAGACAGUAUAUAGGCUUAUUUUACACCAUCAAGUUUUAAACCUGUAUUCUUAAAAUUUACAUUGGAGCCAGGCAUAUCGACAUUCACCUAUAAUCCCAGUUACUCUGGAGGCAGAGGCAGGAUAAUUAUAAAUUUGAGGCCAGCCUGGGUAAUUUAGCAAGACUGUCUUAAAAUAAAAAAAAUAAAAAGUUCUGGGGUUGUAUCUCAUUGAUAGAGUGCCCUGAAUUCAGUCCCUAUUACUGCAAAAAAAAAAAAAAAAAAAAGUAAAAUUUACUCUGGGUUACAGUUAUAUAAGCUUUGAUAAAUUAUGCAUUGAGGUAUGUAAUAACCAUUACAAUCAAGGUAUGGAACGGUCCUAUUAGCCUACCCCCACCAAAUUCACUCCUGCUACUUUAUAGUUAAAACCAGUCCCCUAUAACUAACCUCUAGUAAUCAUUGAUUUGUCUUUGUCCUUAUGGUUUAUGUUUUGAAGAAUGUCAUAUAAGUGGAAUUAUACAGAUGUAACUUUUUGAGACUCAAUUUGCUAAUAAUAAAUUUGAGAUUUACCAAUGUCA